AUGCUAGGUUCUUCACCCGACUUCAAUUCCGGCAAGGAAAUUCAUCAGGUAGCGGGAUUGCAGGAUGUAAACGGGAACCUUAAGUGUUGUAAAUCAAAAGGAACGAGUGCAAUUCCACAAAAUCGAAGCACGCAGAGCUCUAAUCAGAUGAAAGCGCAUGGACAUGAGUCUAUAAAAGCAUACAAGAACCUGUUUAGGACACCUGAAUUUCCGGUAUGGUGGUGGAGAUUACCGACCACGAUGAAACUCAGAUCCAUGGAUGAUGGAGCAGGAAUUCCAGAGAUGAAGAAGAAGUGCAUCGAGAUUGAAGGUCCCAUUGAGAGGGCACAAUGUCAUCCUCAUCAAAUGCAAAGGGGACAUGGUUAUCCUCCAAAAUUACAGUUGGGUUUUGGACAUGUUUUUGAAUUAUCUAGUUUUUGGCAGCAUGAACUAUUUCAAAGUAUUUUUAUAUUUUUGAUCAACAAUAAAUUUUUUUAUGCUCACUUAAAUCUUCCACUGCUUUUCUUAGAGCAUCUUGGUACUCUGGCUAUAUCACAGUUCGUAUGGUUUGAUCCAAUGGUCCAUGGUGCAAAGCUGAAGCUUAGCAUAGUAUAG